AUGACUUAUAACCUUGGUGAUUGUCUCGCUGCUUGCCGAGUCACCACCUUAUGUUACCUAUUAAAACAAGAAAAAGUCAUCUCGGGCAAGCAGAAUAUAUUCAAAAUAUUUUUGUUAUCUUUCAGAUCAAAGAAUAUAUCGCUGAAAAUGAAAGAAACGAUGAUUAAGCUCAUUUCACUCUUAGUGGUUUUUUCAAGAGUAUCAUCAGGUACACACCUCUCUUCCUUCUCUCUAGUUCGUUAAAAUGCUUCGCUUCUUGUUUAAUUUUACACUCAAAACCACGAGUGCGCUGUGGCUCAAUUUGCUCUUUGAAACGUUUCUUUAUCUUAUUGUUCUUUCAUAUCAAGCAGAGAUAUGCGAUUCUCCCCUCAGCAUUUUAAUCCCAGACAGUCAAUGGAGUGCCUCUUCUACAAUAAACCACACCUUAUUCGGUGCUUAUCACGGACGAAUGAACAAUUCUCCGGAAACUGUUGGCUGGUGUUCGUCAACUGCUAAAGAAGAAAAAGCAUUUAUAGAGGUUAGGGCUGAAUUUUUUCUGUCGGUUUUUUUACGGGGAUUCUUUACUAAAAAGAAAAUAAAAUGCGCAAGAUUAACAGAAAUGUUGCCUCGUUUGCCUGUUUUAGCUGUAGUGUAAUGGCUUGACGAGAGCUUGAAAAAAGUUUACGCGUUCAUGCAGUUUUGCAAAGUGUCAUCCUCUAGGCGUAAAUAAGAUGCUUUAAGAAUAACAGCAAGCUAAAUAAAUGAAACAAGAAAUGUAAGAGGAAGUCAAAAUAGACUGUUCUACUGAUGCUUUCAGGUUGACUUGGGUAGGAACAUGCUCGUCAGUGCCCUGUCUACUGUAGGAGUGUUGGUGAAAAACGACUCUACUGGGAACUCUACAUUCAUGUACGUGUCACAGUAUUUCCUAGCCUAUAAACGUGAUGGAGACUUGAAAUGGAGGCGGUACCAUAGAAACGAUGUAUCUGUCACAGUAAGUUGCGAGUCUCUUAACACUCGCUUCAACGUAGAAAUGAUUUGACUUUACUUUAUCCGUUGGUCGAUGAUUCUUUACUUCAAUCUGCUUCGUUGAUUCUCAUUACAGUUAAUUAAAAUCAAUGACUCCAGAGUCCACAAACACCACCUACUGACCCCGCGGAUCGCCCGCCGUGUUCGGCUUGUGUUGGACCAAGGAAUUGGAGACAGAUGGUGCCUGAAGAUGGAAAUACAUGGCUGUUCUUGGACUAAACAUGGUACACCACAUACUUCCUUUUAAGAACUGUUAUUCAAAGAACUAUUCCAAACCAAAGGAUACUGAUAAUUUGGAAUCUUGCUCUAAAAACGACUAAGUAACUCCCUUGAGAAAAGCCUCAAUUUAGGAGACGCUUUCCCGCUAGUGCCAUUUAGGAUCCCCUAGCUUUGCAAAGCUGGGGCUACAUGUCAAGCACGACAAAUGGCUCGUUGAAUCUCAUUAAAUUUCUGAGCCCUUUACAUAGAAAACAAAACCAAAGGAAACGAAACAAACACAAACAUACAACAACAAAAAGUGUCUACAUUAAUGUUGUUUCAGUCAACAUCACCAUAAUUUUUAAAAAGUUUUAGUUUCCUUUCAGAUGGCUUGGUUUCGUACCGCAUCUCCCAGGGAAAUAUCCGACAGAAUCUACCCGGGUGGAAUUCUUUACGAGAUAACGGCUACGAUGGUACGAGGCUCGCUUUUGGGAAGAAGAUAGGCGUACUUUACCGGGGACUGGGUCAGUUAACAGACGGAGUGAUUGGUCGUAAUGCUGACUGGAAUGACACUGGUAACCCAAUCUGGAUUGACUGGAUUGGCUGGCAAGAUUCCAAAACCUCUGACCCAACUGUCACAUUUGAAUUCUCAUCCUUAAGAAAGUUCUCUAGCAUCCGUUUUCACGUGCUUAAUCUUCCGAGUCACCAUGAAAAGAUGCUCUUCAGCAAAGUUGUGCUUUCGUUCUCUCGAGAUGGCGAGUAUUUUGCUUGGAAGACCAUAUAUGAACCGAGUAUGGCUAAAAGAUCAACACUGAGAAACAAAGCUGUUUGGAUUGAGGUUAACCUAGAUGGAAACAUUGGAAAACAUGUCACGUGCGAAUUUGUUUAUUACGGAUGGUGGGUGUUGAUCAGUGAAGUGGAAUUCAAAUCAGGUACUUUCUUGGUUUAGUGGUUUUCAUGUGCAUCUAAGUUCCCCCAACUCAUUUUUUUCUCUUAAAAGCUCUGCAAUAUUUGGUAGAUUGGGUCUUUUUUAAGCUUCACAUUGCUGUAUGCACUUUAAGAGAGUCUUUUUUUUUCAUGGUUCAAUUUUAGUUUUCGUCUCUUACAAUCGUUUCGGCUGAGUGAUAAAUUAUGAGAUCACGUAUUUUUGGAGGAGGGAAAAAUCAGCGCAUCACAAAUAUAUUUUUUAUGUUCUUGGACUGAAGCUUAAUGAAACUGACCAAGGCUCAGCCUUGGCCCACUCUGUUAUCGAGUAGUACUGCUCAGAAAACUCUGUCAUCUGUAAUUAAGUCCUUAAUGCAAUUUUCUUGUCUUUUCUCCACCCUAUGUAACGCUUUUCUUAUUUCCUAUUUGUUUUUGGAAGAAGUAUCCAUCGAUCAUAUUCCUGAAACCGAACAAAACAUUGUGCCUGUAAUAACAACAACAGCCAACACUGUCGACAACGGAAUCAAUACGACAGACAAGACUGUAGUGGAGGGUAAGUCGGGCUAUGUUCUCUUAACCCUUUAACUCCCAUGAGUGACCAAGACAGGAUUUCUUCUCAAGAUAUCAAUACAUUAUCAACCAGAUAAGUGAAUAGAAUAAAGAAAAAUAUCAAUUUGGGGAUAAUUAGUUGAUCCAAUACUAAAUUCUCUGAACAAACAUUGUGAGAAUUGUAUGGUUGACAGUAAGGAGAAUGACAAUUUUAAACAGUCUCAAAAAUAGUUUUGCUUUAAUAAUUGUCCCGUCAUUAAGAGUUUAUUAGUGAGCAAAAAAAGAUUUUUUGUCUCACAAACAAAAGGACUAUUUUCGUUUACAUGUCUCUCUUUUUAAAAGACGUCUUCAAGCCUUUCAAAUUUCUUUUUAAUCAUGUGGUAUAUUAAAAAUGAUUCGAGGACAAUAAUAGCACCAAAAACGUUGAGCAAUUCUUUUUUACACAUUUCUUAAAAUUAAGGGUGUUUAGAAAGAUGCAACACUUUGUUCUGAAAUGGAACAUAAUCUCAUCAAGUCAACUGAUCAAUCUUUCACUGAAUUCUCUCGUGCACAGAGUCGAGUUUUGGUGAGCCUUCGGACGACUCUCGGGACACCGUGUUGAUAGGCUGCUUGGCUGCUGCAGGAGUAAUAGGAGUAUUGCUAUUGUGUGUCCUCGCCGUGCUGAUGUGGAGGCGAAGAAGUCGACGCACGCGAGCCGCUGAACAGGAUUUAAACAGCAGAGCAAUCAGAAUCAUCAACCCCGGCAAGAAAAACUCACUAAACAGAAGGAACGAUCCUGGUGCGCAGGAAAUUCGCUUUGAGAGACUAAAGAUGCUGGGUAAGGGAAUGGACGAAGACGAAGAUGAUGAAGUGGAGGAAAUGGACUUAAUGAUGGAUAAAUGUAAUUUGAAUAACGCCAGGCUACUGAUGGGUAAGUGUUAUCAACCAUAAUGUUUUAAAAGAUGAUAUUGAUUAAAAUAAAAAGGCAACAGAUAUCCCAUGUUUCAUCAAGUGAAGCCCAAUGAUGAUUGAAACCUAUUUAGAUUUUUUUUUCAGUCUUCUACUAGGCUGGGCUAUUUCAACACUUAUAAGUGCGCCUAUGAUCCACAACUCUAUCGCCAUACCUGAUGUGUAGUAGAAAAUCAAAUCUCGAGGUUAGCUGCAAAAACACUGACUUUCAAACUCCACGUCCCAUGUGUUUUAAUUUCAGUAACACGAGAGUUGACUUGUUCUUGGUUAGUUUCUAUAAAAAAUAUCUUUCACCUUUCAGGUGACCAAGAUACCUCAAGGAAUCUCCGUCCUCAAUCCAGGGAAAUCUCCCUGGAGGAAGAAAAGGCUGAAGUUCUUGCAGAAAUGAGGAAAGUUAGCGAAAGUAGCGAUGAAUGA